AUGGAUAUAAUCAUUAGGGUGACUGAGUCCGCAUACAACAGCAAGACAAAUCUGCAACCAGAAAUAGCCAGAAUCCUAGCCAGAAAGAGACCAGGCACAUACGUAAUAGACAUAUCACAUGAUAAUAGACUAAUUACAACGGACCCAAAUAUAUUUGAUGAUAAUAUACAAGGGGGUACCACAGGAAUGUAUCUGCCGCCUGAAUACUUCACAGAUAACCCAGAUAUAAGACCCAGGGACCCAGAUAAUGAUGAAUUGCAGCCACCAGGUAGGGAUACAGGAUGGGAAAAGAGAAAGUGGAGGGAUGAGUUUAUAUAA